AUCCCGACCUCCCCGGCUUCGGUCGUCCGCGUUUCGUUCCGAAGCCACGCGUUGAUGGUGCUGUCCGAGGUCCGCCUGAAAGUAGGCCAACUCAGUUGCUCUCGAGCGGUGUUCCGAGAUAAGCGUCUGUACCGUUUGCUGGUCCACAAACGGGUUCUUUUCCUUUCGUAGCCCACAUUCCUUCGGUUGGGGCAGCAUAUGAGACUUUACAUAUACCCGUCAUUGCCGCCGCCAUCUCUGUGAAGCAAUUUGUACGCGCGCGGGUGUGUUUGUUGUUGUUCUGGUCCUCCGACCGUGGUGUAUCCGAAUUCGCGAUUUUCGUGGUCGCCAAGGGUGGGGGAAUCGAUCCGAGACGCAGGCAAAAGGAAUGUGUGUGAUUCAAAGAGCGGCAGAAAUAAUUUUUGGUUGCUCCUUUUUCGGUGGGGGCUGAAGGGCCCACAUUCGCCGCAAGCCAUGGGCGGUUGAAAAUUGAUUAUUAAUAGCGUUAAAGCGGCAGGACCGAGCCCUUCAGUGGUUUUACAUUACAUUGAAUAAAUCCGGUAUGGGCGGAGGAAAGCUCCAGAAAUGUGUGGGGGUUGUUGCGUUGUGCGUGAGAAGUGCUCAUCGAUUUGUUCGUAUCUCUUGCCAUAAAUCAAAAUAUAUGUGUGCCAUGACAGUGGCGGGGGUGUUGCAACAUUAGUUUAACUUCAGACGUGAUCUGCGUUCCUGAGGAGAAGAAACAAGAGCCCAAAACCUGUGAGUGAAUUGUUUGCCGGUCUAGUGAGCACCAGAUUGCAAAAUUUGUGGCACAAACAUGUCGAAUCAGUGUUAGACAACUAAAUCGAUUUUGCUAAUCUCGUUGGUAUGUGUGCGCUUCAAGCUGUGGUAACAGAAAUGCUCAAAGUGCCAGUGGAAGGGUUUACAUGAAGUAGGAAAAUUAUCAGUGAUUUUGUGAAUCAGCCAGAAACGUAAACGACAACCGUCACCUCAAAUACAACGAAAAUUCUUGCUGACAGUUUGAAUAUACCCGGCGAACGAGGAUUAUCAGCGAGGACCACCCGCAGCGAACGGGAAGAUCCGACAGUGACAGACAGAGAGGGAAAGUGAUCGACCCUUAGCACAAAGCAUCUGAUCUGAACAUAAAAUCAGCCAUCAUUACUUCAAAAUGGUUGGCUUAGGUACGACCGCAACGGGGAAUUAAAACCAUUUAUCGGGUAGCAGCAGCCCUGUUGGCAAAUAAAAAGGUACGAAAAAGAAACAAGCAAGCUGAAUGGAACAUAAAUUGGAGAGACGAUAAAUUUUCUUUGCCCCCCAACCAAAGGGGCUGGCAGGCAGUGGCCUGGCAAGGUUUGAGGGCACCCAAUAAAAGCAAAGAAUACGAAAAGAGUUGGGAAUGUAGUGUGCUUCGGUUGAUUUUUGCCGUUGCUUUUUCUAUAGGGGGUUGGGAAAAGCACCAUUAAAACGAGGACGGUUGCUAACGUUUGGUGUUUUCCAAAAUAAAUAUUUUCCAUCCGAUCGGGGGAUAUUGUGUGUGAAGAAAAGUUUCGCAACGCUCGAGAGAUGCCGACGGGGGUAAACGGAUAAAAAGUAUUUAUCUCGGCUGCCUUCCCGCAGGAAAGGUUUUCCUCUUCAACGGCAAGUGCAAAGUGUCGCGCCAGGAAGGCAGGAAUUGAGCCCGGCGACAUCCCAAGAAAGUCCCAAAUAAAUCAAGGGUGAACAUAGUUGAAGAAAAACAACAAAAAAACGAACUUUCACCGUCCGACACCAGCAUUACCGGCGGCUUGGGGUUUGUGACAAAUGUUAUUGUGACCCGUUUCAAGCGUCAAUUUGUUCGACGAGGUGAGCGUAAAUUAACUCCCCCGAAACAUUGACCGGUGAAUGGACAGAAACACGGCGUCGGGAAGUGAACCACCGGGAGAAACAAAAAAAGCUGCGUUAAAAUGUUCUGAUAAAGUCGGAUAAAUCCAAUUCGAAACAACACGCACAAAUGGCACGCACAUGUGAUCCUUGCUACCAAGAUUUAUUGAUUGGCCUAGGCUAUAAUCGAUCCGAUUAAAACUGCCGUCGUUGCGAGGGCUACCGUUUCAUCGAACGGCUCGAAAGCUGCCAUCAUCAGCCUGGCUUAUUCAAACCCGUGGCAGUCGGAUUAAAGCAGGAGCGUCGCAUUGGCUGCGAAGAUUGAGACGACCUUCGUCAUUUUUUUAUAUCGAAACCGACGUCACCCUUGCCGCCGCCGCCGCCGCCGCCACCAGACACCAUCACCGUAAGUUGUGGUGGGUGCUGGGUGGGGGCCAUGCGUCGCCGGAAGCCUGUCGAGGGCUUCCUACUGUGUGGUCUCUUCUUCUGGACGCUACUGGUGCAUCUGAUCUCGACAUGUUUGGCGAUACAGCUGGAGGAACGUAUGGAGAUCGUGCGAAAAGUGCUGAAGGAAGUGCCUUUGAUCGAUGGUCACAACGAUCUGCCAUGGAAUAUACGCAAAUUUCUCAAGAACCAGCUGCGGGAGUUUCGAUUCGGCGAAGAUCUCCGCGAUAUCACACCAUGGUCAACGAGCGCCUGGAGUCACACCGAUUUGCGCCGGUUGAAGGAGGGAAUGGUAGCAGCACAGUUCUGGUCAGCAUAUGCGCCCUGCUCCUCACAGCACCUAGAUGCCGUACAGCUGACGUUAGAGCAGAUAGACUUAAUACGCAGAUUAGUGAAUCUCUACCCGCAGCAUAUGGCUCUCGUGACGACAGCCGACGGAAUCGAGGAAAGCCAUCGCACCGGAAAGCUGGCCAGUCUGAUCGGCAUCGAAGGCGGCCACUCGAUCGGGACCAGUCUUGGGGUGCUGAGAACGUUCUAUCAGUUGGGAGCGCGCUAUCUCACCCUCACACACACCUGCAACACUCCGUGGGCCGACUGCUGCAAAGUUGAUGAACCGGGCCGGGUUCCCCACAUUGGGGGCCUGUCCUACUUCGGGAACCUGGUCAUAAGUGAGAUGAAUCGGCUCGGGAUGAUCGUGGACCUGUCCCACGUGUCCGUGCCGACGAUGCUCGAUGCGUUGGCCCAUUCCCGGGCGCCAGUGAUAUUCUCCCACUCGUCAGCCCACGCCAUCUGCAACAGCUCGCGGAACGUGCCAGAUCACGUGCUCAAAAGGCUGUCUGCCAACGGUGGACUGGUGAUGGUUGCAUUCUAUCCACAUUUCGUUAGCUGCGGCGAGAAGGCAACCCUCAAGGAUGUUGUCGCGCACAUAAAUCAUAUCCGGGAUGUGGCCGGAGUGGACCACGUCGGCAUAGGUGCCGGCUACGAUGGCGUUAAUCUGGUGCCGCAAGGGCUGGAGGACGUCUCACGGUAUCCGUAUCUAUUUGCCGAACUGUUGCUGUCGGAAAAGUGGACCGAAGAGGAUAUCGCCAAACUGGCGGGGAGGAAUUUAAUUAGAGUUUUCAAACAAGUAGAACAGGUACGCGACCAGCUGGAUGCUCAGGGCAUGCUACCAAUCGAUCAACCGAUCCCACCGGAGGACAUUCUCGGGAGAUCCUACUGUCGCUACUCUGGCCCGCGGACGUGACGCAAAAGGAACCUCCCCGUAAGCUAGUUAUUCCCGUGAACCAAUCAGACCCCCGUUCGAAGAGUAUCAAUUGUUGAAAGAGUGAAAGCGUGUGAAAGAUUGUAUGGCAAAGAGAACAUAAACGAGAAUUACACCGGCAAACAAAUUAGCACUCAAUUUGUACACAAAAUACUAACAAUACUAGCAUAAAAUCACCCGAACAUACAAAAUAAUAAAAAAAAUAUUUCACCAAACAUUGGCACCGAGAAUACGAGAGAUAGGAACAAUCAAUGAAACAGAGUUCGGUUCUCCUGUUUGCAUCCAUAGAUGAGACGAGGUGUGUUCGCAUAUCAUAAACUAACUCGACUGGAGUCACUAACAAAAUACAUACACACAAGGGCAAACUAGUAAAAUAAAGUUUAAAUCCAACGCGAAAUAAAUCAUCAUGAACUCACUACCGAAUUUUCCAAAAACAACCAAAUUUACGUAUAUUUUUCUAAGAUAGAACAAACAAAGCAAAGCAGAUCUAUCACCGAAAAACAAAACAGUAACGGCGUGAGAAGAAGUCCUCGCUGCUGAACAGAGCGCGUGUGAGGGCCGAUUGCAUCGAGCGUAAAUAAGCGUAACUUCGAGGAACGAAAUAAAAUUCUAAACGAGAAAUUUUUAGGCUAAUGUAAAAAAAAACUGAACAAAAAUGAAACCAAUGAAAGUUAAUCAAAUAAUAACUGUGUAGAAAUUACUGAAACUGUUACAUACAAUAAAACAGAUGCGACGCAA